AUGUUUAAUAAUCGACAAUCUCGCCGGAGAUUCCGGUUAGGAAACUUAGCUAGACUUGUCCAACUGCGGCAAAGCGUCAGCAGCCAACCCCCACGAAGGACUGUUCAAGAAACUUUGUCUCAAUCACCACCACAGUCACCGCUAUUUCAUCCACAAUCACCACCGGAACCAAAGUCUUUACCCUUGUCGCCGUUAUCACCAAAAUCAAAGGAAGAGCCUGAAUCACAGACAAUGACACCACUGAUGUCAAAACAUGUCAAAACACAUCGAAACCUUCUUAUCCAAUCACCACCUAAGUCGCCGCCAGAAUCCACUGAAUCUCAGCAGCAAUUUCUAGCAUCAGUGCCUCUUCGACCGCUAACAACAGAACCAAAAACACCAUUGUCCCCCUCGUCAACCCUAAAGGCUACCGAAGAAUCUCAGUCCCAACCGUCUCCACCGCUUGAAUCUAUCGUUGAAACUUGGUUCCGACCAUCGCCUCCAACAUCAACAGAAACUGGUGAUGAAACUCAACUACCUAUACCACCACCACAAGAAGCCAAAACUCCACCGUCUUCGCCGUCAAUGAUGUUAAACGCUACUGAAGAAUUCGAGUCCCAACCGAAACCACCGCUUUUGCCGUCUAAAUCCAUAGACGAAACUCGGCUCCGAUCACCGCUUAUGUCGCAAGCAUCGUCUCCACCUCCUUUGCCGUCUAAAUCCAUUGAUGAAAAUGAAACAAGGUCCCAAUCACCGCCGAUUUCGCCACCAAAAUCUGAUAAACAAGCAAGAUCUCAGACACACUCAUCACCAUCACCACCGCCACUGUUGUCGCCGAAAGCUAGUGAAAACCACCAAUCUAAAUCACCUAUGCCACCACCAUCUCCGACGGCACAGAUAUCACUAUCGUCUCUGAAAUCACCAAUUCCUUCUCCAGCUACGAUCACCGCACCACCGCCGCCGUUUUCUUCACCACUCUCCCAAACUACACCGUCACCUAAACCAUCGUUACCCCAAAUUGAACCUAACCAAAUCAAAUCUCCUUCUCCAAAACUCACAAACACCGAAUCUCACGCUUCACCAGAGCAGAAUCUAGUGAAACCUGACGCCAACCUCAUGAACAAGAUUCCGGCUAAAAACGAAGUUCCGAAAAACAGGGGAACAUUAGAGAAAAAAACAGAGCCAAUGAUUAUGAUGUUCAUAAACAGUAACGUCCAAGGAUUCAACACUUCUCUUUCGCUUGAUUCAUCUUCCAUCGAUCAUAAACCAGGCGUCCACUUGACGAUCGAUUAUGAUCAAAGUUGUGAUUUUUCUUAACCACUGUUUUAAAUAAUUGCACAUAUUGUAAUACAAUCGUCUCUUCGUAUCACUAUUAUAUAUGAUCAACGUUGUGAUUUUUCUUCAAUUCUGUU